UUGCCCGGCUGGAACCACAAUCCCCGUAUAUAUGCGACCCCCUGCCCCCUCCGCUCCCCUCCACUCUUCCUUCCCCUGCUGGCUCUUUGUCUACUGCUUCUUCUUCUUCUUCUUCCAGAAACUCCCAUCAGAUUCAAACCACCACUACAACCGGCCAUUAGAUCAAUCGAUCGAUCCACAUCGUGGUGGUAUAAGCCAUGGCGGCGGCGGCGGCGGCGUGCAGAGCGGGCGGGGGAGGAGUUGGGAGCAAGGACGCGGACCGGAUCAAGGGGCCCUGGAGCCCCGAGGAGGACGAGGCGCUGCAGCGGCUGGUGGGCCGCCACGGCGCCCGCAACUGGUCCCUGAUCAGUAAGUCCAUCCCGGGCCGGUCCGGGAAGUCGUGCCGUCUGCGGUGGUGCAACCAGCUUUCGCCGCAGGUGGAGCACCGGCCUUUCACCGCCGACGAGGACGAGGCCAUCCUCCGCGCGCACGCCAGGUUCGGCAACAAGUGGGCCACCAUCGCCAGGCUCCUCAACGGCCGCACCGACAACGCCAUCAAGAACCACUGGAACUCCACCCUCAAGCGCAAGUACUCCUCGAUGCCUGCCGGUGGUGCUGGCGGCGCUGGAGGUGCGGAUGAUGGAGGCGAUGACGUGGCGGCGAGGCCGCUGAAGCGGACGAGCAGCGACGGGCACCCCGGGCUGUGCUUCAGCCCCGGCAGCCCGUCGGGGUCGGACCUCAGCGACUCCAGCCACCACAGCCUGCCCUCCGUCAUGCCAUCUUCCUCCACGCACGUCUACAGACCCGUGGCGAGGGCCGGCGGGGUCGUCGUGCUCCCGACUGCUGCUGCUACGCCGCCGCAGCCGCAGCCGGCGUCUCCUCCGCCUGCGCCCGCUCCGGCGACGUCCCUCUCGCUCUCCCUCUCCCUGCCAGGUCUGGAUCCGUCCCAGUCCCACUCCCAGGCGCCGGCGGCUGUGCUGCCGGCUGCUCCUGGAGCUCAGGCUCAGGCUCAGGUUCAGAUGGCGUUCCAGCUUCAGCCGCCGCCGCCCGCGAUGAAUCUCGCGGCGCCGCGCCCGCCCGCGCCAUUCACCGGCGAGUUCCUGUCGAUGAUGCAGGAGAUGAUCCGGAUCGAGGUCCGGAACUACAUGUCCGGCUUCGACACCCGCUCGCCGGCCGACGCCGUCCACGCCGCCAACCGCAUGAUGAUGAGCAUGACCAAGAUCGAGUAGCAAGCAAAAAGAAGAAACCUCAGAGAACCAUCAAUCUCCUCCGCUCAAUCUCAACUCGAUCGAGAGAAUCAACGGAACCAACAAAUGAAUCUCGGCUGGAUCGAUCGAUCGGCGCGCGGCCUGUCUAUGUUUAGAUCUCCGUCCCAGCAAUAAUUCCUUAAUUAGUUCCUCCUUGUCUCAAUUAGGUUUUGUCCUUUGUUUUCUUCCUUUGUCCAAAUCCUUUUCCUCCCAUCUCCAACCAAGAGAGAGUAGAGUUGCUCCUUCUCCGGAGAGACGAGACGAAGAAAAAACUUUGUCUGCUCUACUGCUGCUGCUCUGGUACUACACCAAUAAACAGAGCAGGGCAGAGAGACUUUGUUCAUCACUGCCGGACACAGCUAGCUCAAGGAUCGACCGAUCGAUCUUCUUUUUGUACAGAGAAAAAAGAAAAACCUGAAAUGAGGGAAGUUUGGAUGCCGGCCCAAGUUGAUCACAGCUGCCUGUCCAGUUUUAUCCCAAAGUCGUUUCGUUUCA